AUGAUUUCUUUGAAAUCAAAACAAUCAAUUUUACACUCACUUCUUCAUCCUGAUAAAAUCCAGAACAAGAAUUUACAAUCUACGAAAGAUCUAUCAACUAUCAUUUCUAACAGUACAAUCAAACAUUUAGAACCUGUUUUUCUAAAUGUCUAUGAUCUACUUUCCGAACAUCGAACAGUUAAUUAUUUAUUCAAAUAUUGUGCUUGUCAUUUUCUUGGUGCUUAUCAUACCAGUGUACAAAUAUAUAAUGUUGAAUAUUAUUUUGGUGAUGGUAUUUGUAAAUCUCGACCUUAUUCUCAUUUAGGUAGAUUAAUUUUAUCGAAAAAAAUGGGUAUGACUGAAAUGACACAAGAUGAAAUUGAAACAAAAAUUCUAUUUGAUAUGUAUGAUAAAUUUACUCGAAAAGAUUAUGAUUUACUUCAACAUAAUUGUAAUCAUUUUACAGAUGUUUUUCUUGAUCGUCUACUUGGUAUUCAUUUACCAAUGCGAUUUAAUCGAACAGAACGAUGUAUUAUUGCUACACCAUGUUGUACUCGAACAUUAAAUGGUAUCUUUGGUAAUGAUUGGACUCGACCACUAAUUGGAAUCAAGUCAAAUUCAAAUUUAGAACAAAAAACAUGUUGUCAUCGAGAGAUCAAAAAAAGAAUAGGAAAAGAACGUCAUCAACAACAUCGAUCUACUGUUUUUAAACUUCUUCGACGACGUCGAAAUCAAUCAAUGGUAUCAUCAUCAUCAUCACGAAUAAUUGAUCAAAAAAAUAAAAAUCAUGAUUCAUUUAUGAAUCAAGCAAAAAAUAAUAACAAACGAAAAUCGGUACAUGUAUUUGACAUUACUAAUACAUGUAAUAGUUCUAGCAACAAUGCACGACUUACGUUGGAUUGGUCAUCAGCAAAUGUAACUACAGCGACUAUGGAUAAUAAACAUUAUUUUGGUCUUUAUUUAAUACGAAUUAAACAUAGUCUGGUUCUAUUUUCAUUAUUAUUAACUGCUUUCCAAAGUCUGGUUUACUUAUUAUUGGCAUUUUUUUCUAGCAGAUCUAAUUUGGCUCAAUUCAUUUUUGAAAUAAUUCUUUUUUCUUGUGUUUUACUUCUAUCAAUAACAUUAAUUAUGUUACUUCAACGUGAAAAAUUUCUUCAUGCUCAUGUAUAUAUAUCAUGUUUAUCAAUAUGGUUAUUAUUAACAUUAUUUUCUACUAUACCUAUACUUUUACAACAAUAUACAUCAGUUAUUCGUUUAAUGGGUAUUGUUACAUUUUCAAUAAUAACUAUACAUACAACAUUACCUAUUUCACGAUCAUGGACAGUUUUAAUGGCUUCAAUAACAUCAUUAAUUCAUUUAAUACUUGUUAUUCGUACACAUCGUAUUGAUGAUUUAAAUAAUAAAUCUCAUCGAAUGGAAUUUAAACUUAAAGUUAUAUGUUUAUCAUUAUUUUUUGUUGCAUGCAAUUUAUUUGGAUUAUGUCAUCGAUAUUUGACAGAUGCACAUCAAAAGAAAACAUAUCAAAAUACAAUGCGUUGUAUAGAAGCUCGUUUAAGACUUGAACGUGAAAAGGAACAACAAGAAACAUUAAUUCUUAGUGUUAUUCCAGCACAUAUUGCAUUAACUAUGAAAUCGGAAAUGUUACGUAAAGUAAAAGAAACAGCUAAAUAUCAUAAUCUUCAAUCAAGAGAUGAUGAUCAAAGAUCACAUACAAAAAAAAUUAGUGUACGAAAAGCAACAUUUCAUGAUUUAUAUAUAAAAAAACAUGAAAAUGUUACAAUUUUAUAUGCUGAUAUUGUGAAUUUUACACCAUUAUCAGAAAAAUUUACUCCACCAGAAUUAGUACAAAUUCUUAAUAAACUUUUUGGAAAAUUUGAUCAAUUAGCACAAGAAUGUGAUUGUAUGCGAAUAAAAAUUCUUGGUGAUUGUUAUUAUUGUGUUAGUGGUUUACCAAUAAGUCGACCUAAUCAUGCAUCAAAUUGUGUUCGAAUGGGUUUAAAAAUGAUUGACGAUAUCAAAUUAGUACGAGAAGCAACUGGUGUAAAUGUUGAUAUGCGUAUUGGAAUACACACAGGACGAGUUUUAUGUGGAGUAUUAGGUCUUAAAAAAUGGCAAUAUGACAUAUGGUCGGAUGAUGUUACAUUAGCUAAUCAUAUUGAAGCGGGUGGUGUACCAGGACGUGUUCAUAUAUCUGACAGUACAUUACUUAGUUUGGGCGGUGAAUAUGAAGUUGAAGAAGCUCAUGGACAUGAACGUGAUGCUUAUAUUGCUAAAUUAGGUAUUAAAACAUAUUUUAUCAUACCACGUGAUGUACCAAAUACACAAAAUCAAUUUAUGAUGAAUAGUAGUGAUACACGUAAAUCAAGUAAAAAAAUGCAAAAAUUAUUGGAUACAUGGUCAAAUGAAACACCAUUUUCUGCACAAGGUCUUGCUGAUAGCGAGAAAGUUGAUGCAGCAAAAAGUUUUAUACUUCUCGAAGAUAAUUUAAAACCAUUAGCAACUUCAUUUUCUUGCUUCAAUCGUCGACGAAGUACAAAUGGUCUUAAACCAUUUACACUUGAAUUUAAUAAACAAGCAAGUAAAGCACAAAAAGUUUUAGAUGAUGAUGAAGAAAAUAGAACAGCUAGUGAAUCAUUAUAUCGUUCAUUACCAGAAUUAUGUUAUCGAUAUUAUGUUAUUAAUGCAGCUUGUGUUUUUCUUGCUAUUUUAGUUAUUCAAGCAUUGAUUUUAGAAAAAAAUGCUCUUUUUCUUAUUUUGAUGAUUUUUGGCUUAUGUGCAUUUGGUAUAGCAGCAUUUCUUUGUGUACUUGACCUUUCAAAAUUACAGCAUGACAAUCAUCGUUCUUUAUUAGAACAACCAACUUAUUUAGUAACACAUUAUUAUUUUAUUCGUUCACCUGUUAGUCUUAUAUUAAUUGCUAUUUGUAUUUUAACACCAUUUGCUAUAUCAUGGCCAAUGCCAAAUGAUUCUAUCGAACAAUAUAUGAAUACAACUGUUGUGACAAAUAUUUCAUUCACAAAAAAUAUUGUCAAUCAAGUAAUAUAUAUUUUCUUAAUUGUAAUACAUAUGAAAAGAGAAAAUAGUAAAGUUGAUGAGUCUUGAAAUUUCUUGAUAAUUAGGCAAACGAAUACAAUGCAAUUAUGUAAUAAAUGUCUGAAACAAACCUAUUAUCUAUCCUUAAGUUUACAUUAGAAUGUAAACAUAAGAACCUUGGGAGCAAGUACAAAUGUAGAAACUUUGAAAUUUAGGGUUGGAGAACUUUUUCGAAAUUUUAGACGAAUAGAAUAUAGGAUGGACUGUAAACAUUUUUACAAUAAAAAUUUUUGAAUAUCUUUCCUCUGUUCGUAGGUAUUGAGCUUAGAGGAUAUUUAAAGGUUUUUUCUUAUAAAAAAAUCGUCAAUAAACACUGCUUUCAAUUAUCAACAUUCAAUUCAAUAGAGUAGUGUAACAUUUACUACUUAUAGAGAUUUAUAUAAAUAUAUUCAUUUAUGCAUGGAUUCUUUUUCUUCCGACACAUAUAUUCGAUUGUCUCUUUCGUUCUGUCAUUCGAGUUUAGCUUUUCUAUAAUCUUAAUAAUGGUGAGAGUGUGAGUGCAGAUCUUCUACUCUCUGACAGCCACAUCAUGAAAGACUGCAAGGUACAUAUAGGAAUAUACAUGAGUUAUUCUCGCAUUUCUUGUUUCUUUUCCAAAUCUAUGCUAUUAUUGAUGAAAUAAUCAGUCCAAUAUCUUCUAGUGGAAUGGAAGUAAUUAAACUUUCUAUUGUAAAAAAUAUUUAUGAUUAAUCUUGUAUAAUGGAAUGCUCACAGCAUAGCAAUGAGAGCGAGAUGUGGGAUCAAAAGGAACUAGGAAUUUUCAACAAAGUUGAGAGAAUCCGUUGAAAUGCCAAAAGGUAUGUGAUGAGUCGGAAUCUAUGACUUGGGACCAGAAUUUUGUGCUCUUUCAGAAUAUGGUCUUGUUGGACAAAAUUUUUCAGCACAUUUUUUGUAUUUUCACUAAUCGUUUCGAUUCGAAACGAAAGUUGAGAUGUUUAUUUAUAUACGAGCUUGUAGAUCAGAAGCUGCCCUACAAGAUGCACUAUUUCAGUAUUUGUUUGUUUUUCAACAAGACUACUCAAUGUUCUUUUUUUUUCGUAACUGCUUUUUUUGACCAAAACCUUUGUAAGUUCAAGGAACCUCUUGAUAAAAUGGUUGUGGCUUCAUUUGAGUAAAAUCUACAGCUUAUUUCAACAUCAAAUAUUGUAGAGAAGCAUCGCCUUUACAAAACAACCGACACCAAUAAUUUUUAGCAUGUCCGAAAAGAAACUUAUAGGUAAACAAAAGCCUGUUGAAUCACUAUUAAAUAUAAUUUAAAAAGAGCACAAAAUUCUGACCAAAAUCUAUGUAUUUUGGCUCGACUGACAUGCUUUCGGGCAGACCAAAAUGCAUAAAUAUGUUCACCGGAAACUUCAACCCACAAGCUUUGUUCUAACUAAUUUUUUUUAGAGUCAUAGAUUCCGACUCAUCGCAAACGCUUUCUAGCGGCUUAAAAAUGGAUAAACAUUUUGUCCAAAAAAAUUUUGAUCACUUGUUAGUUUCUGGCUUGAUGAAACAGUUCUUUUUCGAGAAUUUGCUCUAGUAAUCAGUUCGUUUCAUACAAGUUGCGAUAUUGAAUAUUUGAUGUUUUCCAACCUCUUCAUUUAUUCCAGUACAUUGAUACAAUUCAGUUACACAUGAUCCGAAGUAGAUAAAAUGAAAUGUUCGUUCAUAAACAAAGAACUGGUUUUCAAUUCCAGUUCUAUGAUUUGAUCGAAGUCUGUAACAUAUCUAAUUUAUAAUUGUUUGUUCUUGAGAAUUAAUUACAGCAUUAGAAAAGUAGUCGAAUGGCUAACGCAUGUGUUUAACUCACAAUGGAGGUAUGUGUGUUGAUAAGUGAAAAGAUGGCACAUAUUCG